AUUCGCGCCAAAUAAAACCCACCCUUCUCUCUCUUUAUCUCUAUCCACGACAUGAUCUUAUUGCCACCUCGUAUUCUCCAAAAACUCCAUUUUUAUUCUUCUUCUUCCUCCUCCUCUUCGUCCAUUAUCAACCUCAUCAACGAAACUCAAACCCUACAAACCCUAAUCAAGAGCGGCUCCGCCCCCUCCGCCCAAACCCUAGCCCCAUUCCUCUCCUUCCUCCUCAGAUCCCGCAAGCCCCACCUCCUCCUCCGCCUCUUCCCCAACUUGUCCUCAGAACCCAUCCGAUCUGACCCCCGAACCCUAACCCUAGUCGCCCGCGCCCUCCUCGAAUCCCACCGCCUUGACGAAGCCGCGCGGUUCAUCUCCCGCGACGAGGAUCGCCUCGGUUUCGCCUCCGACAUCGGGCUUUGGGACUCUUUGAUCCGUAGAGUUUGCGUCUUUGACGCCGACCCACGUAAAGCCCUAACCUUGUUUCAGGAAUGUGUGAGGUAUCGCGGUAUAGUCCCUUCUCUUAUUACCUUUCGCGUGUUGGUAUCGUCGUUCUGUUCUCAGGGUGACAUGGAAAGUGCAGUUGAGGUGUUUGACGUAAUGCUUGUGAGAAAAAAGGGAUUUCCGAUCGAUAACCAUGUGUGUAGUUUGAUAAUUUCUGGGUUUUCUAAGAUUGGGAAGCCCGAAUUGGGUGUGGGAUUUUAUGAGAGUUUGAAGAAAUUUGAUGGGUUUUUGCCCAAUUUGAUAACCUAUACAGCUGUAGUCGAUGCUUUGGGUAGAGUAGGUAGAGUUGAAGAGGCCUCCGCUUUGGUUCGAAAGAUGGAGGAUGAAGGAGUGGCUUUGGAUGCUGUUCUUUAUAAUAGCUGGAUUUGCGGGUAUUUGAGAGAAGGGUUUUUGAUGGAAGGGUUGCGGAAGCAUCGUCUGAUGGUAGAUAAAGGCAUAGUUCCUGAUGUUGUCAAUUAUACUACAAUAAUCGAUGGGUUAUGCAAGGAAGGAAAUGUAGAAAAAGUAAUUGGGUUUCUAAAAGAUAUGGAGAAGCGGAACAUUAAUCCUAAUUUGGUUACUUAUACAGCAGUAAUUGGUGGUUUCUGCAAGAGGAACAAAUUUGAGGAGGCAUUUUGCCUCGUGAGGAAAAUUGAGGAAAUGGGUAUUGUAAUUGAUGAAUUUGUUUUUUCAAUCCUGAUUGAUAGCUUGUGUAGAAAGGGAGAUUUGGGUCGAGCUCUCUGUUUGUUAGAGAAAAUGAAGACUAAAGGAAUUAAAGUGGGAAUGGUCACGUAUAAUGCGUUGAUCAACGGGUUAUGCAAAGCUGGUAAGAUAAAUGAGGCAAAUGAAAUUCCCCAAGGUCUUAAUGGUGAUAAUUUCACUUAUAGCACUUUAUUACAUUGUCACACAAAGGAAAGCGAUGUGGAUUCUGUGAUAGGAAUAAAGAGUAGGUUUGAGAAUGCUGGCAUUUUGAUGGAUGUUAUCACAUGUAAUGCACUUAUCAAGGCAAUGUUUGUUGUAGGUAAGGCAAAUGAUGCUUGUAAUUUGUUUGAUGAAAUGCCUGAGAUGGGUUUAACAGCUAAUUCAAUCACCUACUGUAUAAUGAUUGAUUGGUAUUUGAAAGGAGGAAUGAUUGACAAGGCAUUAGAACUGUUCAAUGAGUAUAGAAACUCUUCAUCAUCCUAUGAUGCUGUUGUUCACAAUUAUGUUAUCAGUCGUCUAUGUAAUGAAGGAAUGGUAGAUAAAGCCAUUGAAGUUUUUGAGGACCUUAUUGCAAAAGAUCUUAUACUUGAUUCAGUUAUCUACAGAAAGUUGAUCAGAACCCAUUUUAAGGAAGGUGCUGAAGAGGGGGUCUUGAAGUUCAUUUACAAGAUUGAAGAAUUGGAAAUUGGGUUAUUCUUUUUGAUAUGCAAUGAUGCUAUUUCUUUCUUAAGCACAAAGGAUUGCUCUAAAGCUGCAUUGGAUGUUUACUUGUUAUUGAGAAGGAAAGAUUUUGGUGUUACAAGUAAAGCAUGCUAUGUUCUCCUUAAAAGUCUUCUUCGCAACGGUAAUGAACAUAUUGCUAAGGUUUUAUUGAGUGAAUGCGUUAAAUUUCAUGGGAUUUUCGAACCUAGAAUGGUUAAUUUAUUGUCUCGGUACCUGUGCAAGAAAAAUGUUGAAGAAGCUAUUCAGUUUUCUAAUAAUAUGGGCAAUCAGAAAAUUUCGAUCAGUGUAAUUAGAGCAACUAUUGAUUCUCUAAAGGAAGGUCGACUCCAUGAUGCAUAUAACUUUGUUAUGAAAACUGAGGAAAAUGGUAUGCUUUUGGAUGAAGCUGUUUAUGCUAUGGUAAUUGAUGGGCUUUGCAAAACAGGAUGUGUCGAAAAAGCAUUAGAUUUAUGUGCAAGAAUGAGAGGGAAAGGAAUUGAUCCAAAUAUUGUUAUCCACAAUUCAGUACUUCAUGGUUUGUGCCACCAAGGCUGUCUUAUUGAAGCAUUUAGACUAUUUGAUUCUUUAGAGCAAAAUAACAUGCUUCCCACACUAAUCACAUAUUCCACACUUAUUGGUGCUUUAUGUAGAGAAGGGCUUCUACAUGAAGCAAAUAAGUUAUUUAAAAGUAUGGUUAUUAGGGGAAUCACCCCUAAUACUCGUGUUUAUAACUUAAUAAUAAGUGGGUAUAGCAACUUUGGAUUAAUUAAACAAGCACUUAAGCUUCUAGCGAAUUUAGAGGAGAACUCUCUACUUCCUGAUGCAUUUACAAUUAGUGCUAUUAUCAGUGGUUAUUGCUUAAAAGGUGAUAUCGAAGGUGCCCUAAGUUUCUUUGAUGAGUAUAGAAGGAGAGAAAUUCUCCCGGAUUUUUUGGGUUUUAUGAAUUUGGUAAAAGGAUUGUAUGCAAAGGGAAGGAUGGAAGAAGCUAGGAGUAUUUUGACAGAGAUGUUUCAGUGUAAAGAUAUAGUUAAUCUUAUAAAUAGUGCAGGAGAUGAUCUUAAUGCGGAGCCAUUAGUUAGUCUGCUAUCACUUGCGUGUAAACAAGGAAAAAUUCAGGAAGUUAUAGUUAUUCUAAAUGAGGUGAGAUUGUUAUCCAUCUCCUCGUCGAAUUCCGCCAACCAUAGUAGACUCACCCAACUCAAGAAUCUGCAAGAUAUCGAGGCUGUAGAUGUUCCUAGAAGGUUCUUCGACUGUUUAAAUUCGCGGGUAACAACGGCAGAUACAAUUUAUGUGAAUUACAAUUCACCAGAGAUCGAUGAGCACAGUAACAUGGAGGAGUGUAAUGACUUGAUGGGGAAAUCACUGCAUGAUGACUUUGAUUCAUACUAUCCGAUCAUUGCUUCUCUGUGUUCAAAAGGGGAAUUGAAGAAGGCCAAUAAUGUCGUCAAAGCAAUGCUUCUAAAUUCAGGAUAAAACAUUGGUAUCAACCUCCGGAUUUUUCUAGGAAGUCCCGAAUUUUAUGCAGGAAGUCUAAACUUGCCUUCCAGAACUGCAAUGAACCGCCAAAGUUGAUUUGUGUAGGCAGUUGUUAAAACAAUGAUGCAGAGCGGAGCUGAGAACAUGUAGCUUCUUUAAUAGAAGAUUCUUCUCAUCUGCACUGGUUAUCUCAUCUGCACUGGUUAUCGGAUGAGGACGAAUGCCACGCUCCUUGAAAGCAUAUCUAUAACCCAAUUAGUGAUCUAAAAUCGAGCUGGAGUUACAUUUAAUAGUACUUAAACACUCUGAGUUGGAUUUUGUGGUGAUCAAUUUGGAAAACCAGAAACAAAGGAAUGCAUAUAGCGAGCUACGGGGAUGACGCUUCUCUUGGUGACUUAUGGAUAAGCCAUCUCAACUAUCUGAAUCAAGGAUACAUAGCAGCCUCAGCUUGUAUAGUUUACCAGAUUCUUGGAGAUUCAAUCGAAACAGAGUUGUCGAUCCUGUUGCGGAGGAUUGAGAUUUGUGCAUUAGAGGGAAGAGAUUAUU